CGCACUUGGUUUUUGGUGAAAUUUCGGUCACACUUCUUCUUUGUUUUGUUUUGGAUUUUGCAUUUAAUUAAUUGGAAAAUUUCGUCAAAAUCAUGUCCUACGCCGGGUAUAGCCAGCUGCCCAGUGGCAGCGACCAUGAGCGCAGGCAGGCCCAACUCUCGGCCAGCACCUAUGACGUACUGCAGCGGACGACGGACAGUAUUCAGCGGUCCAACCAGAUUGCAAUCGAAACGGAGACCAUGGGCGCGGAGGUUCUAGGUGAACUGGGCGAGCAGAGAGAGUCGCUACUGCGCACCGCCCGCCGCCUGGAGGACGCCGAUCAGGAUCUGUCCAGGUCGAGGGUAAUCAUCCGAAAAUUGGGCCGGGAAGUGCUCUACAACAAGAUUAUCCUAAUCCUCAUUAUCCUGCUGGAGGUGGGCAUUCUCGUCGGCUUGCUGGUGCUGAAGUUUGCUCACCUGUGAGCAGUUGCCAUUUUAUUCCAAAGAUAUUGCCACGAAUCGGACAGUGGAGUAUAUGUAUAUAAUUAUUAAUCGUUACAAAAAUAUUGCCUUAGAUACUGAUAAGUUAUGCCACAUUUUAUGCAUACGAGGGAUUUUAUCAAAUAUAUAAUCAGAUUUAAAGGAUGAUUCCCAU